AUGGCAACCCAAGAUGCCCGCAGAGGCAAUGGCGAAAGCCUUGAUAGCCAUGAGCCCUUGCUAAUAGCCCCUUCGUUGCUAAACUCGCGGCGGCAACUUUCACGAUCGCCUCGCCCUUACUCUCGGCGCGGAUCCAGCCUCAUCACGCCGAUGGACAAUGUUGAAUCUGGUAACUAUACUACCUCACGGGGAAAAUCGUCUAUAACAUCUAGCGAAAGCGGGACGGAGGCAGACGAUGAGAGCACAGGCUUUCUGAAAGGCCUACCGGCGCCUCAAAUACGACCAAGACAAACCCUGAGUCUAGGAAAGUGGAAUGCCCAAGGGAAGCGUGAAGGGCUGACGGGAGAGAGGUUAUGGUCCGCCUUCCGGAGGUCGAGGUUAGUGUCUUCGAGGAGUGAUUCAAGCGAAGAUGCGUGUAGAGAUGAGAUAGAUGUCCGGGAAGAGGUGGCCAGGCGGAACCGGAGUGAAGUUCUACGGAGAUUGUUUGAGACAGGCUUGGUACUUGUUGUAGGCGUGGUGGUAUAUUUUCGGAAGGAUGUAAGAUAUUCUGCCAGAGCUUGGAAUGGAGGUGUCAAUAUUACCAAAUAUAAUACUUGGCCUCUCCUCGAUACCUUCUCCUGUUAUACCUUUCUACACUAUACGGCAUGGAGGGAUGACCGGCGGGGGGGUUAUCUUAAGAUGCUUGAUCAUAACAUCUGCUACAGCCUUUGCCAUGUUGGUCAUGGCGGUGGGGCGUUGUCUGAUAGUGACGUCCCUGUCAGUGGGUUUUCAAUGAUAAGGGGCGGCAAGGACAACCAAGGUCACAACAUCUUUAUGCAACGCAAUGUCUCUAAGAUAUCCGAUGAUCGAGCCGCGACUCCUCACAUUGACCCUGCUCUAUUGGACAACAUGCAAUCAAAUUAUGAAAUUCUACCGCAAGAAGUCCCUGUGAAUGCCCAAUCGAAAAGUGCCCACAGCCACCGUCGUCAACCAUCGGUUUUUGCCAAUGGCGAUGUAGAUGAGAAUGUUAAAACUACACCUGGUGGCCGACGUAGACGAUUAAUGACGCCGAACCUCCAAUCAUUCCUUUCUCUUACAGCUGCUCAGGCUCAAGUGCGGAAGUGGGCAUAUGCACUAUAUACCUAUGCUGCGACAUUAUUUAUAAUCCUGGUGCCAGUGAGAAAAUAUGUUGGGCAGAAUGCGCUGCAUGGAAAUGAGCCUUUCGGGUGGGCAAUUGGAUAUCUGUUUGGCAAUAUCCCAUCCGUCAGGUUUCAGAUUGUGAAAAAUAACCUAGAGAAUUGGGUGCGAAUACCUCCUUUACACGAUACGGAAAUGGACAACAAAUCAUGCCAUCUGGGAUGGGUGGAUCAUCUCCGGCGAGAUACUCUCGGAGAGGCUAAUGCCCGCCUCCUGAUCGCCUGUUAUUGUGCUCUCGUUAUCGUGGUGGGAUUGGGCUUGGUGAUUCGUCUCAGCGGUGCCGUUGAAGUAGACACUCGGCGCAAAGUUUUCCAUGGAAUGAUGGUCCUGAUGUUUCUGCCAACCACCUUCAUUGACCCGACAUUUACAGCACUCGCUCUGGCUCUCAUUCUGGCCAUUUUCCUCCUGUUAGAUCUGUUUCGAGCCUCGCAGCUACCACCCAUCUCGAACCCGCUUACAUACUUCCUUGCUCCCUAUGUUGAUGGCCGCGACCAUCGCGGCCCCAUCAUCGUUUCCCACAUCUUCCUCCUCAUUGGUUGUGCCAUCCCACUCUGGCUUUCUCUUGCUGGGAUCCCUCGCACUGGUAGCCCGCCCUGGGAGGGAUGGGACGUGGAGACACGCGAUCUCAGCAUGGUCAGCGGAGUUAUAUGUGUUGGUAUGGGUGAUGCUGCAGCGUCUCUGGUAGGGCGACGAUAUGGCCGACAUAAGUGGUUCUGGGGUGGCGGAAAGAGUGUUGAAGGUAGUAUGGCAUUUGCAGUCGUCGUUUUUGUGGGGAUACUAAUGGCACGCCUUUGGUUUAUUGUUGGGGGGUGGGAUCAUUCUGUUUCCGUUCCGAUAUCUCGGGCGAUAUCCCCAUCCUGGCCAACCAUGGUGACAUCGAAGGGUUGGGCUGUCGUCGUCGGUAAAUCUAUUCUUGCAGCGCUAGUGUCAAGCUCCAUGGAGGCAGUGUUAACGGGCGGGAAUGAUAAUAUUGUAGUGCCUGUGGUUAUUACGCAGCUUCGAACUUGUUCGAAUCAGGAUUGCAAGGUCGCGAUCAAUUUUGCUGGUUGUAGUUCCUCUGACUGGCCAUCGUUCUCUGGUUUAUCCGAUUUACCAGCUCGAUUAUCAGAUUCUUCGCAUGAGGCCUCCUCGUUCCCGAAAAUGGGAACAUUCUACGAAACUAUCAUCGACGAAUGCUCGCGGUGCCCAAAAUCCUAUACCAGCUACUUUAUUUGGAAUGGAGCCGCUCCCAUCCUUUCUAUCUAG